UCUUCCAUUUUCUCUUCACGACUCGCGCCUCUGCUCGCACACACGCACACACGCAUACACUCGUCUUUCUCGCUCCGUCAUUCUAUCCCACUGCGCUGCUUUAUCCCACUUCUGCCCGCCUUUCUCCAUACCCCAGACAGCGCGUGUUUGACUCGCCCCCCCUGCGCCCCAGAUAACGCUCUUGACAUCAAUCCGGCGAGAAAGUUUUUCAGAACGACACGGCAGCGUUGGGCCAUAUUCCUACCUUGAUGUAGCGACCGAGUUGCGUACAACAGAGCUUCGAGCGCUGGACCGGCGGCCCCCCCAGUGCACUUGUGUUGGACAUCUGACCAGGACGUAAACACACCACGCACGCAGCUGCAAGCAUACUUAAUCUGACCCUGUAGGAAGCAUGGAUUACUUCAGCUCGGCAUCCCGUCGUGCUGGCGACGCAACCAACCAGGCGAAUGCGCCUACCCGGACACCAGGGGCUAGAAAUGUUGCGGGAGCACCAGCUUUCGAGAGCUUGAGAGCGCCUUCCAACAUUCGGAUCCGAAGACUUCCGUCUAAUACCACCACACUUCUAUCGCGUCCGUCACCAAACGCUCGCGACCACGUCGAGCCCGCUGCCGAAGACACUGUGGGAGGAAGACGGAGGAGCAUGUCUGCACCCCAGAGACCUGCAAGCAAUGUCGUUGCUGCAGCAGCGGACCUGUCUCGACAGAGGACAAUGGACGGCGGAAACCACAUGUCGACCAUUACAGAGGGCCAACAAUCUCCACCUGGGAUUGCUCCACGAAUUGCGGAGCUUCGCGAAAGUGAUACUGGUGCAAGCUCCCCGGGUGUGAAUGUGCGAGACAUGGCUACUCGUACACCUUCACCAGAACGGCUGGGCGCUUCUGCCAACGCUAUGCACAGUGCUGGCAACGCCGCCCAAAAGUCACGGAGGGCGUCCGCGCUGAGUCGAUAUCGAAGCAACACCUCACUCGCAUUCAGACCCGACAGACCGGAUUCACGGCAGCAGGAAGACGAGUACGAAGCCGAUGUGAUCGAUCUCCUCGAUCUCGUUGACCCUGAAAUCCGCACACUAGGCACCUUGACGAACCUGCAGAACUCCUUAUUCGUCCCGGAUCUCGGAGGUCUCGUCAAUCGCAGGCCGACAUAUGAACUCUCUCGACGGCCCACGGCCGAUAUAGAAGCGAUAGCUCGCUCUCGAGCCGAAACUCGCGCAUCGCGCACAGAACCACCCAGGAUACCUCGCAAACCUGUGCCCGCUGGCGAAGAACCAGCCCAGGAUGGGAUCGAACUCGAGGAUGGGCUGCAGCGCAAGAUGUCCAUAUCUUCACAGCUCAGCGACUCUCACUAUGCUGUGCUGCCACAUGGGGUCAGUCUGGACGGCUGGGCGGAUGAAGAUGUCGCGGAGCUGAACGACCACGUGCGCCAUCUUCUACACUCCAAGCGCGAGGGUUUCAAACGUUCGAUGCGUGGCUUCAAAAAGUAUGUCAGUAAACCCCUGGGCGCUUUCGUUACCCUAUACGCCACACUGGUCACGCUUUUUGGCGCUGCAUGGGUCUUCGCUCUGAUUGGAUGGAUCUAUGUUGGCGGGCGCCAGGACUAUAUCAUCAACGUGAUUGAUCUGGUCUUGGUUGCAUUAUUUGCCCUCAUGGGAGAUGGCCUUGCACCGUUUCGUGCGGUGGACACAUAUCAUAUGUGCUUCAUCGCACACUAUCACCAUCUGACAUGGAAACUCCGCAAGCAACAAGGAAUGCCGGGGCUGGUCGAUCAGAAUGAUCUCCCCGAACGACGCAGAAGCGCCACCGAUAGUACCGAUCUGGACGACCUUGUGGACAGGGAGGAAAUGGCAGAGUACUCUGUUCUCAGCGUCCGACAACAGAAGCGUCUGGCAUACCACCAAGCAAAAUUCAACAAGAGUCAUACUUUUUAUAAGCCGCAUGAAACUGCAACACAUCACGCAUUUCCUCUGCGACUGAUGGUUGCGGCUGUGGUCCUUCUCGACUGCCACAGCCUGCUUCAAGUUGCGCUGGGGACUUGUACUUGGUCCAUCGACUACCGUGUCCGACCUGAAGCACUGACUGCCACGAUUCUCUCGUUCUCGAUCACGUGCAAUAUCGCCGCUGGAGUUGUCAUCAGCAUAGGGGAUCACAAGACACGCAAGAAAGAUGUGCUGGAGCGCAUGUUCCGCCAAGGUCUGACUGAAGAAGCCCUGAAAAGAAUGGCCAAGACUCACGAGCGUGGCGAGAUGGGGAUCAGCGUCGACCCCAAGAAGGUUGAAGACGGAAACUUCAAGGACGCAACAGGAAUUGUCCGUUCGCACGCCAGGUCGCAGUCCAAUGGAGCGCUUCAGAAGAAUUGAAUAUGAUGAUUUGUACAGAGCCGUAGUAAUUUACAGAAUCUUUUAAUGAACACAGCGACGAGUAUUCGCGUCAUGCAUGGC